GAUUCCUUAAAUACUGCAUGUGGGAAUACUACAUGAUCUUUAAGUUUCCUCUCAGCGCUAAAGUUACAAAUCUCCUUAAACAACGGUAAAACAUAUCCGUGUCAAUUCAACUUAUCCUACAGUUGAGUUGCAGCCAAGCAUUCGCCAGGUGAGUCAUACGGUCGUUUCUCCCCAGUUCUCAAACCAAGGAAAGAACCCUACCUACAUGCUUGUGACGGGCUUACGGUUGAUAGGAUUUUAAGGACAACAGUACAGGCAAGCUCCUAGGCCAGAAGGUCAGUAUGAACUGGAAAUUUCCAAAACAGGAACACCAAAUGGUGCUAAUUUCUACAGCCCCCGUCAGAACAAACAAAAGGCAAGGGCUGCAAUGGUGCGUGAACGUCGCACCUGCUUCUCGCGGGUUACGCUUUCCCACAUCCUUUUAUGCAUUUUCAAGCGUGAAGCUCUUUUCUUGCUUAAGCGGAAGUGGGUCUGCUACUUCGCAGAUUCGCUUGGACUGCGGGUGAGAGAUAAGACCUCAGGUAACGAUAACGCUCCCGCUAGGGGCGCCCAGGCAGUGGUGACGGGAGUCCGCAGGUCGACCGCAGUGGCGCGCCCGGGGCACGCUGGGAACGGGGGAGGGUGGUGCCGCGGCCCGGCCUGACCCGGAAGGGCUGGCCUGUGGUAACCCCGGCUUCCCUAGCAACCGAGCGGGCGCGCGUCCUCCCCAGCCUCUCCGGACGCCUCCCGGGAUGCCCCUGCAGGUUAGCGGCUACAGCUGGGAGCAGACGAGGACUGCGGUCUUCAUCUCUGUGCCCCUCAGAGGCGUCAGCGUCAGGGACGCGGACGUGUUCUGCACGGAAAACUAUCUGAAGGUGAACUGUCCUCCAUUUUUAUUUGAGGUGUUUCUCUAUGCUCCCAUAGACGAUGAGAGCAGCAAAGCCAAGAUUGGAAAUGACACUAUUGUUUUCACUUUACACAAAAAAGAAGCGGCCAUGUGGGAGACCCUUUCUCUGUCAAGUGUUGACAAAGAGAUGAUGCAAAGAAUAAGGGAAAAAUCUAUCCUACAAGCACAAGAAAGAGCAAAAGAAGCUAUGGAAGCAAAAGCUUCGGCAAGGCGGGAAGAUCAAAAAUAUACACUAAAUGUCAUGAUGAAGAUUGAAGAAGAAGAGAGGAAAAGAAUAGAAGAUAUGAAAGAAAAUGAACGGAUAAAAGCAACUAAAGAAUUGGAAACCUGGAAAGAACAUCAAAGAAAAGCUGAAGAACAUAAAAUAAUUCAGAGAGAAGAAAAAUUAUAUCAACAAGAAAAGCAAAUUGAAGAAGAGAGAAAAAAAUUAAAACAUAAAGGUCUUACUAGGAAUUCAGUAUCUAGAAAUCUUGCCACAAAAGGGAGAAAUUCAGAAAUUAUAUUUUUUGAGAAGUUAAAGGAAGACAGUAUUCCUGCUCCUCGCUCUGUCGGCAAUAUUAAAAUCAACUUUACCCCUCGAGUAUUCCCAACUGCUCUCCGGGAAUCACAGGUAGCAGCAGAAGAGGAGUGGCUACAUAAACAAGCAGAGGCACGAAGAGCAAUGAAUACUGACAUUCCUGAACUUUGUGAUUUAAAAGAAGAGGAGAAGAACCCAGAAUGGUUGAAGGACAAAGGAAACAAAUUGUUUGCAACAGAAAACUAUUUGGCAGCUAUUAAUGCGUACAACUUAGCCAUAAGACUAAAUAAUAAGAUUCCACUACUGUAUUUGAAUCGGGCUGCUUGCCAUCUAAAACUGAAAAACUUACACAAGGCCAUAGAAGAUUCUUCUAAGGCACUAGAAUUAUUGACACCACCUGUUGCAGACAAUGCUAAUGCAAGAAUCAAGGCACACGUACGACGUGGAACAGCAUUCUGUCAACUAGAAUUGUAUGUAGAAGGCCUACAGGAUUAUGAAGCUGCCCUUAAGAUUGAUCCAUCCAACAAAAUUGUACAAAAUGAUGCUGAGAAGAUUCGGAAUAUAAUUCAAGGAACACAACUAAAAUCUUAAUGACUACUAGAAGCAACUAGGUAUUGUACUAGGUAUUGUUCUAAGUUUUACAAAAAUAACUGGAGGCAUUAGGAAUCUGUGCAUAUUAUGGCUGAUUAUACAGAAUCACUUUCUCUUUAGUUCUGUACAGGGCAGAAUAUUAUAAAUCUGUAGAAAAUGAAAUGUUUGAUUUCAGUGGUUUUUGAAUAAGUAAGUCAAAGUAAGAAUAAUCUAUUUUAAUUAUUUGUUUCAUAUUACAACAUAAUUGUAUUUUUUUGUUACUGAAUUCAGCUUGCCCUUAUAACUAACAAAAUGUUUGUUGGUGUGAUUACCAGGAUGCUUACUGAUUCAUUUUUAACAAAGAGAAGUUUAAAAUAAAAGA